CCGGUGCAACAAACGCACCCUAAAUGUCAAAAGUUAAGAUUCCAUGUAUAGUUGGUUCUUUCAUUGUUUAUUUUUGUUGGAAAGACAAUUAAAAAAUAUGAAGGUAUCAUAACUUGUCAAGUCAUUGCUAAUAUGAACGGGCAUAUUCUGCUGAUCUGUUACGAAUGUCGAUCCAUAGAAUAAAGGACAAACUUCGUAUAUAAAAAGGAGACCAAAUUAUUUGUCUAUCGUUGACCAUAUAGUAUAUGUUAGAUACAGGUUCAGCAGCAUCAAUGCUAUACAACCCCAAUUCAAGCUGAAGCAUUUUUCUGAAGGCUUCCCCAUUUCAAUUCAAGAAAUUGAGCAUGGCAGCAGAGUUGAGCGGAUCAGAAAACUCAGGUAGCGAUGCAGAGUUGAGCGGAUCAGAAAACUCAGAUGAGAUCCCGCAUGAGUAUCAAGCUUUCUGCGCUGCUGUAAGGAGGGGUGAUUGGGAAGAAGCGAAGGAGUUCCUUACCCUACACCCCAAUGCAAUAACAGCAACGGAUUCAUGGGGGACAGCUCUUCACAACGCAACAAGAUUCGGGCACGAGCAAAUUGUGGAAGAGCUGGUGCAGUUGAUGACGGAGGAACAAUUGGAGAUGAAAGAUAAUGAUGGUUGGACGGCUCUUGCUCGUGCUGCAAGAGAAAACAUCAAGAUGGUUGAAUGCAUGGUGACGAAGAACAAGAAACUACUCGGUAUUGCCGCAGAGUCCCUCCAAAAGACUCCGAUUGUCAUCGCUGCUCGGCAUGACCAAUGGGAUAUAGUUCGGUACCUCUACUCUCUCACUCCACCCCAAGAUCUAAUGCCAGAUAAAGGCAUUUACGGUUCUGAACUUGUUAGAAUUUGUCUUAAUGCCAGACAAUUUGAUAUUACAUGGGAGUUACUUCAGCGUUGCCCACGAUUGACAUUUACUCGAGGCAACCAAAUGUCCCCUAUACUUUCAUUUGCUUAUUUCUCCUCUGCAUUCCCGAGUGGGACAUCGCUCAAAUUCUGGCAACAGUGGAUCUAUAAUUGUAUACACAUAGAGUCUGGUCAUUCCGUCAAUGCUUUCCGUAUAAAUAUUCAAAAUCAAGAAAAUGAACAAGGUAAUCAAAGGAGUAACACAGUCCUGGGUUUAUUACAAGGACUUCCAUCGAGGUUUUUGGAGUUUUUGGGAAUCAAACGCAUUCGUGAGCUGAAAUUAAUCCAUAUUCGGUCGCGUCAAAUUUUGGACUGCAUGUGUGACGUGAUAAAACAUUUAAAUCGUGAAGAAAUGAAAGACGGCUAUGUAUACGACGCAAUAUUUGUAGCUGUUGAAAAUGGGAUUGUUGAGCUCGUUACUUCUUUAUGUAAAGCCAGACCAGAACUGUUAUUGAGAGUCGAUCGAAAAGGAAAGAACAUAUUUCAUCACGCCGUUGAAUGCCGUCAAGAAAAAGUUUAUAGCCUUUUAUACGGGGUUCGUCAAAGAAAUCUCAUUACGAAUUUCAUAGAUGAUUCUGACAACCACAUGCUACAUUGUGCGGGGAUGUUAUGUCCACUGGCAACGGAAAAGCUUGAUCGUAUCCCAGGUGCAGCCUUGCAAAUGCAGAGAGAAAGGCAAUGGUACAAGGAGGUAGAGAGUAUUGAAUUCCAACUCUCGGGAGUCUCAAAUAAAAAUGAAGAUGGUUUGACACCCUCUAAAUUAUUUACCAAGAACCACGAGAAAUUGCAUAAGGAUGGAGAAAAGUGGAUGAAGGGAACUGCAGGUUCUUCUACGGUUGUCAGUGCCCUCAUUAUUACAAUCAUGUUUGCUGCAGCAUUCACAGUUCCUGGUGGAAAUAACCAAGAAACAGGGUUUCCUAUAUUCUUAAAUGAAAAACUAUUUAUGGUUUUUAUAGUUUCAGAUGCAAUUUCGCUCUUUUCUUCCACAACUUCAGCAUUGAUGUUUCUAGGCAUCCUUACAUCGCGUUAUGCUGAAGAUGAUUUCCUCAAAUCCUUACCCACAAAGAUGAUAAUAGGCCUUUCCACACUCUUCAUCUCCAUUGCGACCAUGAUGGUUGCCUUUUCUUCUGCCCUAUUCAUCAUGCUCCAGGACAAACCAUGGAUUACUUAUCCAAUCAUUUUCUUUGCUGGUGUUCCCGUCAUUUUAUUUGUUUGGAUGCAAUUUCCCCUUCUCAUUGAUAUUUUCGUGUCUACUUUUGGCAGAGGAAUAUUCGAUAGGAAAGUCAAACUCUGGAUAUAAUUUCUUGGUGGUGCAUGUGAUAUAUUAAUUGUGUAAGUUGUAGUAAUGUUUGUUACUUCUGAGAAAGCUUGUAUGCAUUGCACACACUAUGUAAGUGAGUGAUUUCUAUAAUAAAAACCCCAUUGC